AUGAAUAAAGAUGAUGCUGAUUCCUUUGUAGAUUAUAUGGAAGAGCAGUACAAUGUUUUAUUAAAACGAACCCAUCAGACAUCGUUGAUACCUACUAACGAAGAAUCGCCAGAAGAUUUUGGAUUAAGGAAAAUCUUGAUUACAAAAUGUUAUGAUGUAAUUAUGAAGAUUGAAGAUAUCCUUCAUGAUUUCUUAAUAUUGGGGAAAGACUUGGUUGUGAAUUUAAAAUAUUUAGAAUAUGGAAAGUUAGCUUAUAAGCUUCCUAUUUUGAAUAUUUUAUCGGAAAGUUGCAAAGAGUUAGAAACGAUAAAUAUUCAAGAACGAUUUUUCCAGUUGAUUAGAAACCAGGUGGUAACCUUAUUGAAAAACCAGAAAAAACUUGAAGAUGUGCGGCUUAUUGGAGCGAAUAUUUUGAUGAGACUAAAUUAUGAAGAAACUAUUUUUGAAAUGAUCUCAUCGUUGGAAAUAUACGCGUAUUCUCUAAAGAUUAUAACAUUUAGUGGAAUGCAUGUAAAUAACGAUGAAACAUUUAAAUUUUUCGGCAAAUGUAAAAAUUUGGAACGCGUGACCUUGGAAAAUAUGUGCAUAUCAUUCAAAAAUUUUGAAUGGAUUGCUUCGGCGGAAUUUCCAAAAUUAUGGUCUUUAACGCUAAUAAAUGUUUUCUGUGACAAUGAACUUAUCGGACAACCGAAUCCACUUCAAGGAAUAAUUCAAAACAAAACGUUGACACAAAAUUUGAAAGCACUUAGUCUCCUAUGCGCGUACAUAAAUAAUGAUAUUUUAACAUCAAUUGGUGAAAAUCAUAGAAAUCUUUGCUUCUUUUCUACACAAAUUACUGCGGAUGAUGAUAUACCAUAUCUAUUUAAUAUCCUUGACAAUUCCCCAAAUCUUGAAGAGCUUCACUUGAUAAUUCCAGUGGAAUAUACUUCUGUUGUUAAUACUAGGUUCAUCGUUGAUUUGGCAAAGAUUUUACCUCGUCGAAUUAACGCGUUACAAUUUUCAAAUCUAAUUCGCAACAUUGAUGAAUAUCGAAACUUUUUGGAGAAUUGUGUGGUGAAAUUAAAAUACUUUCAUCUCAACUUUUUGGUUUGUAGUCUUAAUACUAGGGAAUUUAAGCGUUAUAUACGCAGAUGGUCUAAGGAAAAGGGGAAGGUUAUAAUGAAUUAUCAUAUAACUUCUAAUAAAUUUUAUGUCAUGUGGAGAUAA